AUUUUCUUGUAUAUUUUCCUCUGAGGAGCUUCUAAAUUCUUAGAUGGCUCAGUUUUUAAAGCAGGGCUCAGGGGCUCUCCAGGGCAUAAAGAAGUUUGGUAAAUUCGACGUGGGACUGGGAAAGCGACUGCCGGAAGCGUAUAAGAAAUUCUGGAGGGAGUGGAGAGAGACAGAACCAACUGCAGUGCAUUAUGUCCGGAAGGAGGGAACUUUUGAGAGAGAUGAGGCAACUGGAGUUGUCCGGCCAGUGCAGAAUGUCCCUCUGCCCUUUCGCUACCCCAAGGAAUUCGACGAGGGCAUCUGGGGAGGGGAAAUGGUGGUGCAGGGCUUUCAGAAGAGGAACCCAACGAAGCAGAGGGUUCCGCAUUUCUGGAUGCCCAGGCUGAAGAGGGCAGUGGUUAGGAGUGAAGUUCUGGACAUGUACAUGUCCGUCGUGGUGACCAAUCGAACGCUUGAUCUCAUCCAUUCGAGUCAUGGAUUCGAUCACUAUCUCCUGAAGACUCCAGCCUGCGACCUGGGAUCAAAUCUCGCCCUGGCCAUCAAGAGGAAGCUCCUCCAUGAACUCCAAGCCGGCUGUCCCAGUCUCACCGACAAUCCCAGCCGACAGAAAGAAAUCCUAGAUGAAUAUUCACAAUACCUAGCCCAGUACACUCCCGAAGAGAUCGAAUGGUACGGCCUGACGUUCACCCAGGCCAUCGAGAAACUCCAAAAAUCCAUCGAUGAUGCCAAUCCCAUCGUGCCCCACAAAGUCCUCUUCCGUGCAAAACUCAUCGAGCAACUCAAGGCAGCAGAGCAAAAAAUAGCCGAGAAGACCGAAGAAUCCAGCAAACUCCUGGAGAGCACUUCCUGGCUCACACGAGUCAAUCCCUUCGGGAAGAAGCGGGAAACUUGAAAUGGUUACCAGGGAAUUUAGACUGUUUUAUUUGCUUUAUAAAUAAAAAAAAUCAACAACAGAA